UUUUAUGGGGUCGAAGGGAUAGAUAUCCCCGAAUCAGAAGAAAAAUCUGAAAACCCUAAAUUCGCAAUUCAACAAACAUGGCUUCCUCCACCGCGGGUCGAAGGAACCGUGAGAUCAAACUGCCCAAGGCCGCUGUGCCUCAGGUCAACCAGAAAAAAGAUAAGCUUAAAGGUAAGGAGCUUUCGGUUGAAGAACCUCGAGUUCCGCCUCCACCAUCUCCCUCCCCUCGCAGAACAGGCAUCAAGUCGGCAGAACCCACUUCGGAAGGACCAAACCCCACUAAGACCAAGGAUCCAUCUUCAGACAAGGGCAUGGCUUCCACAGCCAAGGGUCGAAGGACCCGUAGACGCAAAUCGCGCAAGGCCAAUGACCAUCAAGCAGUUGCGAAGAAAGCCAACAGUGACACCAUUGACCAGGAAGCUCAGGAAGGACCUAUUCACACCAAGGAGGAGGAAUAUUCUUCUUCCGACGAAUAUUUGGUUGAUCGACCGAUUCCAAAGGGGUGGCUCCAUUUAGAUGUAUUGAGACCAAGUAGACCAACUUUUCCCCACCUUUGUCCCUUUAAUGCAGUUGCGAAGAAAGCCAACAGUGACACCAUUGACCAGGAAGCUGAGGCAGUUGCGAAGAAAGCCAACAGUGACACCAUUGACCAGGAAGCUCAGGUAGAUUGUCCUAGCCGCUUUUUUCGGAAUCCAUUACCGGCGGAUGUCUCAUCAGAUUCAGGCUCAGAACUAGAAGAGCCUUCUGAUCCGAAUGUGUACUAUUAUCUCUGAAGAUCUUUAGCUUGUGAUAUUCAUGGAUGCUGUAUGUUCUUUGAGAAAUGCUACUUCGAUCUUUUUUCUGGUGGCCAUAUUUCUAUCCUAGAUGUAGCUUGUGAUAUACAUGAAAAGGCUGGUGCAAUGAGAGAAUUGAUAUUUGUCUAAAUUUAUUACUAAGUGAAUGUUUAAAUCAUACAUCUCAAAUUUGAACCUAAUGUGAGAGUAAGCACUUCAAGCGAACAAGACAUUACUACCCCCAAGCAGUGAUUU